AGCUUGAUGUCGCGGAAAAUACGCGCUAUACGUGCAUCUGGAAGGGUUAGGAAACCUGCCAAUGUGAACGGAAAGCAGCGUGGCCACUUUGUGUUACAGUGCAUGGCCUCUGGACAAAGUGGUAACGAUCAUGCACAAACCCCUCCGAAAGCGGAGUCUCUACGUGUUCCUGUGUUUUGGCAUCAUAUACCUCAGACUUGGGGCCCUGUCCUCGGUGGUGGCUCUGGGUGCCAACAUCAUCUGCAACAAGAUUCCGGGGCUGGCACCUCGCCAGCGGGCCAUCUGCCAGAGCCGCCCAGACGCCAUCAUUGUUGUGGGCGAAGGCGCCCAGAUGGGCAUCAAUGAGUGUCAAUACCAAUUCCGAUAUGGACGCUGGAACUGUUCAGCGCUGGGAGAAAGGACAGUCUUCGGUCAGGAGCUGCGAGUAGGCAGCCGGGAAGCAGCUUUCACCUAUGCCAUCACGGCGGCAGGGGUGGCCCACGCCAUCACAGCGGCAUGCAGCCAGGGCAACCUGAGCCAGUGCGGCUGCGACCGUGAGAAGCAGGGUUAUUACAACCAGGAGGAAGGCUGGAAGUGGGGAGGCUGCUCAGCCGACAUCAAGUAUGGCAUCGAGUUCUCUCGACGCUUUGUGGAUGCCCGCGAGAUUAAAAAGACUCCUCGUCGCCUGAUGAAUUUGCAUAACAAUGAGGCAGGCAGAAAGGUUUUAGAAGAAAGGAUGAAGCUGGAGUGCAAGUGCCACGGCGUGUCAGGCUCCUGCACCACCAAGACCUGUUGGACGACGCUUCCAAAGUUCCGCGAGAUCGGCUACGUACUCAAGGACAAGUACAACGAAGCUGUGCACGUGGAGGUAGUCCGGGCUAGCCGACUGCGCCAGCCCACCCACCUCAAGGUAAAGCAGACUCAGGGCUACCGCAAGCCCAUGGAGACGGACCUCGUUUACAUUGAGAGGUCACCCAACUACUGCGAGGAGGACGCAGCCACGGGGAGCGUGGGCACCCAGGGACGCCUGUGCAACCGCACCUCACCACAUACGGACGGCUGCGACCUUAUGUGCUGCGGUCGGGGCUACAAUACACACCAGUACACCAAAGUGUGGCAGUGCAACUGUAAGUUCCAAUGGUGCUGUUUCGUCAAAUGCAACACGUGCAGCGAGAGGACUGAGGUGUUUACCUGCAAAUAAGGACACGAGGAACUCAGUGCCAGGAAGUGAGGCGCCAAGGACAAGCUGAAUGAGGAAGACCUGCGAGAGCGAGAUGAAAGUGUGUCUUCGACCAGUGAGAGGUUUUCAAAUAAAGAAAUGGAAUUUACACUAUCAGCUCUUCGUGGCAUCGUUUUGCACAGCAGAAUCUAUCUAAUUGCUUUUCAGAAAGUAAAUGCUAAAUAUCAGUAGGUAAUACCCCAGAACUUUACUGUCACAUAGAGAUUGUGCUCAUGUACUGAUGUAUCCACAGUGAAGUCGGGACUACAGGUAAAGAACGAGGCCCUCGGUGGGGAACUGUGCUUUGCACUCUGGGAUUUCUAAUUGUUCAAUGCAUAGACGCUUGCAUGGAGAGGAACUCACAGUAACGUGGGAGUUGAUCAAAAUGACAACAGCUGAUGAGGGGACCGAUCUGUCAAGUCUUUGAUUUAAAAACUUUUAUGGGUUUUGCCGUAUUUUCACUAAAGGGGAGCAUGAGUUAAUCUUGACACGAACCCCCCGAGAUUGGCUGGGGCUUAUGUUGGAGGUCUGUAGAAAUGAAGAACAUUUUGUAAGUGUGGCGCGUUGGGGUGCGCCAAAAUCUGAGUGGAGAACUCUGUUAAACCCUCUGCUGCCAACUGGAAUAUGGUGGAGUAUGUUAGUUUUCCAGUCACACUGGAACUGUCUGUUCUGAACACUGAAAAUAAAUUGUCUAUUUAUGUAAUAGUAUCUUAAAACAAAGCACUAACGGGUAGAGAUGUCUUUUUUGUACUAAGUGUAAAGAAAAAUACUUUUUAGAAAUUCUGACUGAAGAUGUGUGUCUAUAGAAGAUGACCCUUGUUCCUUCAACCCCUUAUUUUUUUUUUUUUUUAAAAAAAGAAAGACAAUACAAGGUUUCAUUGUUACUGGUGUGUUGACAACAAAAGACAUCAUUACAGUGUGUUUCACAUUCAAACACCUUGGUUCUAUUUUAUUGUAGCAUAGUUUGUUUGCAGUCCUUUUUUUCCCCGACCAAUAACAUCUGUUUGGAUGGUUUUUGCAAUUUCAGUUAAGAGACCGUAGCAAAGGAGACACAUAUAACUGCAGAGAUCCUUCCUCAUUUCAUUAACAUUGACAUUAAAAUUGUGCUGGAUGUGUUGUCGAGUGCUACACUUAUAUUUUCUAUUCAGAUACAACUCAUGAGAACUAAAUAAACUCCCAUUUGACUCAGUUUGACAGUUCAUUGCUAAAACAUUAACUGAAGCUGAACCUGCAGUCUGCCUUAUUUUUUGUAGAGUAAUAAUGGUUUAUCUUGAUAUGCUGCUGGACAAGACGUUAUAGUUCAAUGUGUCAUUUUUAAAAUAUUUUUCUUAACUUAUUCCACUUGGGUCCAAUGAUUUACAUUUGCUUUCUCUCAUUAGGACUAUAGUUGGAUUUUUUUUCUUGAAUUUAAAAAAAUUUAAUUAGCUCCACCACAACAAUAAAGGAUAAUUCUACUUUAUUGGCUCUUAUUUUAGGAAUAACAAUGCCUCCACUGUUGGUCAUGGUAUUAUUGACUGUACUUCUGAGACAUGGGAACAUGAAGAUGAUGAGAAAGAUGAGACAUUUUGUAAAACAACCCAAUGUUUAGACGCAUUAUCCAAAGCACGUAACUGUAACUAAUAAUACUUUAUUUCACAGAGUGCUCCACUACAGUAAGUACAACACAGUUUGCUAAAGACGAACCAGUCUGACGUGGAUUUUUUUUUAAACCAGACAGAUUAGGAACAUUUUUUUACCAACUACCGUUUAUCUUUCUGAUUAUCUAGCUUUUUUUCCCUCAAUAUAUCAGCAUUCUCAAAUCAAACUUGAUAGGUAAAAUGUUAUAACUGAUAUAAGUGAAAGCUACAAAAAUACUAACAAAAUCUAUAGAAACUCCAAAACAAGACUCCAGAAAGUCUGUGUGCCCUGGUGUUGUUAGCACGUGUAACUAAGACCAAUAAAUAUUGAUUUUAAGCUAUGACCUGUACACAGAUUAAGCAGAAGUGAUACACUGUGUUCAUUGUUCAGCUUUUGAGGUGUUGGGAGUUGUAGUUUUCAAAUUUUGAGAAAGCCAAGGUAGCUUUUUCACCCGACCUCCUAAGCUAAACUUAUUGCUUCCCAGAUCUAGCUUCAGCUUGAUUCAGAAAUGCAAGAGUGGUAUUAUUCUUCUCAUAAUCCACUAUGCACAGUGGAAACAGAUCGACCUGAGGGUAUCAGUUCAUGGGGCUAAAAACAUGCGGUGCUUUGUGGCACUUUAAGUUUCAACCACUUUAUGUUUUGGUUUUUGUUUUUGUGCUUAUUAAUGUUGUUGCCGUCUGUUAAGCUUAGUCAUGUGAGGUCUCCAGGCUCCAUAGGCCAGUUUAUGUUUUGGUUUACAUAUUAAUUAUUAGUGUUAGAAUGUAGAAAAACUUUUGCACAUUAAUAACCACACAUUAUAGAGAUUUAGUGACUGAUAUAGCCUAGUCUUGCAGGAUGCAUGAUUAGUGCUGUUUUAAUAUGUAACACAUCCAUCAGUCUUAACUUAUUCUACUCCAGCAGAGGUGCAUCUCAGAUGGAUCAAACACAGCUGUCAUGUAAAUACUUGUGCAUAUUUACUCAGUUAAAUAACUUAUUAAUAUAACAUAUCUAGCAAAUAUUCUCAUUCUGACAUUUAUGUUCUUCUGAAAUAGAUUAAAAUAACUCCAGAUGGAGCCAUUUAAAAUAAAAACGUUGUUUCAUUUGACAAGGAUGCGAAUACAUUUUCCAAAAAUAAAAAGCUGACAUGUUUGAUUUAAUGAUGAAUUGUAUUGUGAAACAUACAAGAAAGCUUAUCCUUGAACCCUGAGUCCACAUUUUUCUUUUUAUUGCUGUUGGUACAAGAACUUUCAUGCUCAGUGUUCAGUUGCCCAUAUUAACUGUUCCAGCAAACAUCCAAAGCUAUUAUUUUCCUAAAUGUUCUCCCUUCGAAGAAAAACACACACAUUAAAUCAGUUCAUUGUGUGUGUCCAGGUUUGCAGCUUUAUGUAGGAGUCGGUUAUUCAACCGCUCAAACUGGCGAGUGCAUCAGGAUGCAUAAAUCAUUAAAAAUAAGGAUAAAUAAAGCGAGCAAUGUGCUGACUUUGAUGCUGGUUUGUACACAGCACAUGUUCGUAAUAUGC